AUCAAUUUUGUAAUUCCAGAAUCUGGAAGGAAAGAGGGAAGAAAAAAGCUCCGCCUCCCAGCCCAGCCAGCCGCACACCUCGCCUAACUGCAACCUUGAAUUCGCGCCUCGCCGUGCAAAAUUAUCACGGCGCCUCUUCCUUUCAAUCUCCUCCCCCUCGAUUCGCAUCUCAUAUAGGGUUCCAAUAUCUUCGCGCCUCGAUUUUCAUUUCUCAAAUCUCAAUCCCUUCGAUUUUUUCUUUUCCUGAUAUCUCUUUGAAUUCCCAAUUCAAUCGGUUUCGUAUCCCUCGUUGAUUCUCCGGCGCUCUUCAUUUAGAAUGCCGCCGUUCAACUCCACGUCCAAGGCGGUACGGUCUCUGUUAGCCCGUUCGGGCCGCUCGAAGCAUUUCGUUGUGGCCCCAGCUAAGCACAAUCAAAUUCGGUGCCCCAGAAGCAUCGCCGGAGUCUCGGCGCCGUCGAGUGUAAUCGAUUUCCGGGGGGGUUUCAGCUCGACGCUAUUGGGGAGUUCGUACAGUGGUAACUCAGCCGUUCAACGGAGGCGAUUCCUCGGUUGCGGAGAUGGGGAAGAAGGCGGUGUUUUGUCCAAGGUUUACGAAGAGAGACGCGUACUAGGGUAUUCCCCGGAGCAAUUGUUUGACGUGGUCGCGGCGGUGGACUUGUAUCAUGGGUUCGUGCCCUGGUGCCAGCGGUCUGAUGUCCUCAAACGUUACCCGGAUGGAUCAUUUGAUGCCGAGCUGGAGAUUGGGUUCAAGUUUCUGGUUGAGAGCUACGUUUCUCACGUUGAAUUGGAGAGACCCAAGAUGGUCAAGACUACUGCAUCCCAGAGCGGCCUUUUUGAUCACUUGAUAAACAUAUGGGAAUUUAAUCCCGGACCUGUUCCGGGCAGCUGUGAUCUUCACUUUUUGGUAGAUUUUAAGUUUCAGUCACCACUCUACAGACAGGUAAGCACAGUAUGCUUUCUGCGUAAUGAACUUUUUCUCUUUUAAAUUUUGGCGAAUCUUCAUCCUUGCGUAUUAAGUCACUUCAUAAAGCACUUCCAAGAUGUCAAUAUAAUCACGUACAUUCCAUAAAACUACAUAAGUUAUUCUAGAACAAUCAAUGAACUAGUUUAUCCGAAGGUAGGAUACCAACUGUCAGCAUGAACUAGUUUAGGUGAAACAUUGAACACUAGCAGAAAGUGGGUUUUAUAAAAUGCGAUGCUUGAGGAUUAUGUUCAGAUGACAUCCAUAGGAGAUUAAUAGGUCCGCCUCCCUCCCUUAAAAGCUAUUUGCUGUAGAUUGUGUGAAUGCCUACUUUCUAUGUGGAUCUAAUUUAUAAAGGUGAAUUAUACUGGGCUGCAGCAAACUAGUGACAUAAUGUGUAACAUUCAGAACAUGCUAGUGCUUUGGGAAUUAAUCUAUGGUCCUGUAUUCUGUGCUACUCUCUGCCCUAGUGUAUGGCAGCAUUUCUCCAUGCUAAACAUGCUUGUGGGUUGAGGUGAAAGAUGCUGCUGGUCAAUCUGAUUGGUCUAUGUAUCUUGAUUUCCAAUGUCUCACUUAUGUGAAUGAUUACCUGAGCAUUUUUUUUU